AUGGGGGCGACGAGCCUCGGAUUGGAUGCCUUCUUGCUAGUCAUCUGUCUCGUGCCUUUGCUGCACAAUGCUGCGGCUAUCCGCUUCGUUAUCGACAGGGAGGAGUGCUUCUCCCACAACGUCGACUACCAAGGGGAUACGGUCCACGUAUCCUUCGUCGUCAUCAAGGCGGAAACGCCGUGGCAUUAUACCCAGGACGGCGUCGAUCUUGUGGUUAAAAAUCCUACAGGUGAUCAAAUAUAUGAUUCUCGUGACAAGACUAGUGAUAAGUUUGAAUUCAUAGCUCAAAAGAGGGGUGUCCAUCGCUUUUGCUUCACUAAUAAGUCACCGUAUCAUGAAACUGUGGACUUUGAUGUGCAUGUUGGCCAUUUUUCAUAUUUUGAUCAGCAUGCUAAAGAUGAACAUUUUGGCCCUUUAUUUGAACAGAUCGCGAAGUUGGAUGAAGCCCUCUAUAACAUUCAGUUCGAACAGCAUUGGCUUGAGGCCCAAACAGACCGCCAAGCAAUAUUAAACGAGAACAUGAGCAGGAUGACAGUUCACAAGGCACUCUUUGAAUCAGCUGGCCUUGUUGCAGCCAGCGUUGUGCAGGUCUACCUCAUGCGCCGCCUCUUCGAGCGUAAGCUGGGGAGUUCUAGGGUCUAA